AGUUCAGAGACAUAAGCAGUACUAAAAGGGAGACCGGUAGGAAAGAGAGAGGAAGAGUAGGCGAGAGGGAGAGAGAAAGAGUAGGGGAGAGAGGAGAGAGAGGAGAGAGGAGAGAGAGAGAGGUAUAUACACACACAUUAAAGGAGCAUAGCCCCUCUUUUCCUUUCUUCCUUCGCUUCUCUUUUUCCUCUAUUUCUCGGUGAAACACUCGGCCUUCUUCGUCUUCUGCUAAAGAUAAACAUGAUUUCCUUAAGCGGGACCGCUUUUAUGAACAACUCCCUGUCUGGGGUUUCGAAAUGCUUGACUCAGUCACAGUCGCAGCGGAGGUUUUCAGCUCCGAAGGUUGUAGCCGCCGUCAGCUCCAACGGCAGACCCGGAGACCGGAAUGCGAGCAUCGUGAUGGAGAGUGCUCUGAAGGAGGUGACGGAGUCAGUUCCCGUUGUGGAGAAGGAGGCCAAAUCCACCGUCGCCGGCGGAGUUGGGGAUUUCUACGGCGAGGAUACUGCCACCGAGGAUCAAGUGAUUACCCCUUGGACUGUCUCUGUUGCGAGUGGAUACACAUUGUUGCGUGAUCCGCACUACAAUAAAGGUCUUGCCUUUAAUCAGAAGGAAAGGGAUGCCCACUACUUACGUGGUCUUCUUCCUCCCGUGGUUGUCAAUCAUGAGCUUCAGGUGAAAAAAAUGAUGCACAAUCUCCGUCAAUAUGAUCUACCAUUGCAGAAGUACAUGGCCAUGAUGGAUCUCCAGGAGAUGAACGAAAAGCUUUUUUACAAGCUUCUGAUUGACAAUGUUGAGGAGCUUCUUCCAAUUGUCUAUACUCCGACUGUGGGUGAAGCAUGCCAAAAAUAUGGAAGCAUCUUCAGGCGUCCUCAGGGUCUUUUCAUCAGUUUGAGAGAGAGGGGAAGAAUUCUUGAAGUGAUGAAGAAUUGGCCCGAGAAAAAAAUUCAGGUCAUUGUUGUCACUGACGGGGAAAGAAUUUUGGGUCUCGGUGACCUUGGUUGCCAGGGCAUGGGGAUACCUGUAGGAAAGCUCUCAUUGUAUACUGCUCUUGGAGGCAUUCGCCCUUCUGCUUGCUUGCCCGUAACCAUUGAUGUGGGGACAAACAAUGAGAAGUUGUUAAACGAUGAAUUUUACAUCGGGCUCAGACAAAGGAGAGCAACUGGACAGGAAUAUGCUGAACUUUUCGACGAAUUUAUGACUGCUGUUAAGCAGAUGUAUGGGGAGAAAGUGCUUAUUCAGUUUGAAGACUUCGCGAAUCAUAAUGCUUUUGAUCUUCUCGCAAAGUAUGGCCCUAGUCACCUUGUUUUCAAUGAUGAUAUACAGGGGACAGCAUCUGUGGUUCUUGCGGGGCUUAUAGCAGCGCUAAAGAAAGUUGGGGGCACGUUGGCUGAGCAAACAUUUUUAUUCCUUGGGGCCGGAGAGGCGGGCACUGGCAUUGCUGAACUCAUUGCGCUCGAGAUGUCAAAACAGACGGGAGCCCCAUUGGAAGAAACUCGGAAGAAAAUUUGGCUGGUGGACUCCAAAGGGCUGAUUGUUAAGUCCCGGGUGGAAUCACUUCAGCACUUUAAAAGGCCGUGGGCCCACGAACACGAGCCCGUAAAGGAUCUUGUGGAUGCAGUGAAGGCUAUCAAGCCUACGGUCUUGAUUGGAUCUUCUGGAGCUGGAAGAACGUUCACGAAAGAUGUUAUUGGAGCUAUGGCUUCCUUCAACGAGAAACCUAUCGUUCUUGCUCUCUCGAACCCAACAUCGCAGUCGGAGUGUACCGCGGAAGAGGCGUAUACCUGGAGUGAGGGCCGAGCUAUAUUUGCCAGUGGAAGCCCAUUCCCCCCUUUCGAAUACAAGGGGAGGACCCUUUUGUCCGGGCAGGCAAACAAUGCAUAUAUCUUCCCCGGGUUUGGUUUAGGACUCAUAAUUUCGGGUGCAAUCCGUGUCCACGAUGACAUGCUUCUUGCGGCCUCGGAAGCUCUAGCUGCCGAGGUUACGCAAGAGAACUUCGAUAAAGGACUCAUAUACCCUCCGUUUUCGAACAUCAGAAAAAUCUCGGCCCAUAUUGCCGCCAGAGUAGCCGCCAAAGCAUAUGAACUCGGUUUGGCCACUCGUCUACCACAACCCGAAAACCUGGUUGCUUAUGCCGAGAGCUGCAUGUACAGCCCUACUUACCGUAGCUAUCGCUAAGCGGUUGGAAGAUUUACUCUUUUUAAGAUUUAGAUAGUUAAGUCUUUAUUUUAUUUUUUUCUUCUUUUUACAUUUUGAAUAUGUGGUUUUAAUUAUUGAAGUUGAGGGUGUUUUUAGGAGCAGGUUUAAGGUUAGAUUGCAGAAAUGUUGUGUGCUAGUGAUGAACUGAUGAUGUUAAAAAAAUAAGAAAGUUUUUUACUACUUGAAAACAUAUGUAGCUUAAAGAAAUUAGAAGGAUUGUUGAAUCUCAAGUGAAGUUCUGCAAGUUUCAAAUGUAUACAUUUAUGAAUGAUUAUUUUCA